CGAGAGAGAGCGAAAGAGACGGAGUGAGUUCAAGGUUGUAGUAGCUCAGUCUUCGUCUGGGCAUCUUGGAGGGAAACGUGGUUUGGUUUCUUUAGUUCGCCCAUUUCAGCUAAUACUGUCGUGAACCCAAAUUCGACUCCUGUUGUACUAAAAUGUACUACUACGACUGCAAUCUCGUCACAUUAGCAAGAGACGGCGAAGGCACCAGAAGUGGAAUUACGUGUGAUUACUUAAUUGUUUCUCUCUAAGGAGGACGAGAUGGAUACUGAACUGACCUGCCCGGUCUGCCAGGAGAUAUACACGAAAGACUUGAGAGAGCCAGUCCUGCUUCCCGGCUGUGGACACACAUUCUGUCGGACAUGUCUCUGUAGUGUCGAGACAUCGGGCAAAGUUCUUUGUCCAACUUGCAGAAAACGUCACAUUGGUUCUCCUAUGUCCAGUCUUCCAACCAUAUAUGCCCUUCUCAGCUUGUCAGAGAAGUACAAGAAACCUCUUAAUACUGAGGCUCCAUGUCUGCAUCACGGAUCGCCCCUGGAAUUCUGGUGCCGCCGUUGCCAAGAAGCUUUGUGCGGCCACUGCCUUUUGGCUGGCCACCUACGGGAAGGCCACGUCGUUGAGAAGGGGUCCGUAUUCGUUGCUGAAAAGAAAGACGAGAUCCUCAGCAGCAUAGCUCACCUUGUAAAUGAAGUUGAAAUGAAGAAAGAACUCAUCAUCAAACAGAUGGGAGAGCUCAUCAUCCAAAUUGCCUUGAAUACUGAAGAGAGUCAGAUCCUACAUGACUCAAAAACCGAAGCGGAGAACAUUUUAAAAGACAUUCCCAACGUCAACUGCAUUGACUCGGCUUUGACGUCGCAGGUCUUGGUCAACAGUCUGCAGAUGGGCACACAAAAGAUUCCUCUGUCUCGGACCAAAAUGAGUGACAGCAGUUUCUGUGAUAAAUGUAAACCCUGUCCUGACAUGGAGACUGAAAGUCACCCCGUGAGGCUCGAAUCUUGCACGUCGGUAGAAGAAGAUGCAGAGGACAACAGGGAAGGCAUGAACACAGAACCUCAUUCACCUUUGGAAAAGGAGGCUAACGAAUCUUUCAAAUACCAGGUGAACGAAACAACGGACAAGUACUUGGGUGAAAGUAUAAACAUGGGACAUGUUGCAGGAGAAGUCAGUGAACGAAACUCUCUCGUUUGCUCCAAGAACGAAAACUUGAAUCAGUCUAACCUGAUAGCUCUAAGAACAAAGGCCCCUUGGCCUUUGCGCUGCUAUGUCGUUGGGAAUGACGGUCGAACGGGAAAGCUGAAAUGGGAAAAUGAUAAACUGCACAUGUAUAGUUUGUCAAGAACUCAAAAUGAUGCACAGUUUAUGAUUCAGUUAAGCGUCGUUGAAUGGCUGAUAUCAGCAGAAAGCCCAGAAGUGUUCCUUGAUCUGGGGUCCGACCAGCAUUACUUGGGCCGCGUUUACAUUCGCCUGUAUGGUCACUUACGACGGGCUCAGCACUUCCUCGCCCUAUGCUUGGGUUCCCUGGGUCCUUCGUACAAAUUCAGCAAGUUCCAUGGCGUCGCUAAAAGAGGGGCACCAGGAGAAACACUCGCCGGCGGCAAAUACAUCACGUCCGAGAACACCAUCAGCAUACAGGGUCUGAUCCCGGGAUUGGAGUGGGGUGGCCAUCACAUCAGUGAAAAGAGGGCGGGUCUUGUGGUUGGCGCCAGUGGGGGUAGGCCAACGGAAGACGCCUUCUUUCACAUCUGCACGAAGGAUCACAUCGGUAGGAAAUUUGCCUGCGUCUUUGGAGAGGUCGUGAGCGAAAUGCAGGUCCUCAGAGAUGCCGUCCACCACAUGCUUCAGUCCGAUGUUCAGAUCACUGAUGUGGGAGUGAUACUUUCACAGGGCAUCUGAUUUCCCGACAAUGCGCUUGUUCGUUGAUGAUGCAAGUACAAAGGACAUAAUUAUCAGAAUGGUCUUGGGCUUUUACACUCCAUGGGCGAAGCUUACAACAUCAGUGAUUAAAAGCCUGUCCAUAUCUAAGGUUGCCAACUAUUUCUUCCUAGAUGUUCAGAUCUGUUGUAAUGGAAACUAAUUAUACUCAUUAGAUCAUUCACCUUAUUCUUUAUCACCAAACUCAAGAAUUGUGAUAUCAUCUGGAUAGAACAGAAUAUAGAUUUAGGCCAAAGACCAAGCGAUGGGACCUAUGAGAUCGAUCUGCGCUGAAACGAUAAUUGCCAGUAAGAAGGUUGGAAAGGUGUAACAGGAGGAAAAUCUCGCAGCCGCAUUAUGAAACAAUUGUUAGAGGUAAUAAAUCUGACGGAAGAGAGAAUAUUGACUGAGGUAUAGUAAAAGGAAUGAAAGAGAUUGCAGCUAAGGGCCAAAGGGACGCUGCAAAGACCCUAACUAAUGCCUUACAGUGCAACAUGUGAGGUGCACUGACGGCACUACCCGCUACGGGGAGAAUUGUACUGUAAUAUAGCAUCACUGUUUAUGUAAAGGCAGUUAACAAUAGGGCACUAAUUCUUAGUACCUGCCUGAUGAAUUUAGUAAGUUUCUGUUGAAUUUUAUCAAAGGAUAUUUGUUAACCUUCGAAUGAAAUCGAUGUUUCAGGCUUUCCCAUUAUUUUGAAGAAAAAAAAAAACUUAAUCAUCUUUUCAUAAUAGAUUUGCAGACAAUGUCACUCAAUUAAAGAACUUAAUACAAACAAGAAAGGUUGACGGUCAGUUUAGCCCUUCCAUGAGAUGCAAUCCUUUGCUCAUGGAUAACUGUUAACUAUUCGAGGAUAAGAAAUAUAUGAACAAUUUGAAUAAAA